CACACACACACACACACACACACACACACACACACACACACACACACACACACACACACACACACACACACACACACACACACACACACACACACACACACACACACACACACACACACACACACACACACACACACACACACACACACACACACACACACACACACACACACACACACACACACACACACACACACACAGAGCAGCAGCAGCAGCAGUUGAGCCGGCGAUGUGGUUCACAGGCUGCCUGCUGUGGCGAUGAGGCGGUCUGACGGAGUCUGGAGUCAAAUUCUUGAACACGUAGGACUCCUCUCGCUGCUCCCCGAAUGACGGACUACUGAUCGCUCUCUGAUGAGACACGGAUAUGAAUUCAUUUAACCACUUCUGCCAUUUUAUCCCACCGCAACGUUUUUUUUGACACCAUUUCUCCACAAGAAACUUGACAUGAGGAUCUUUGUCUCUCCAGAACCGACUUGCGUUCAUGCGCAAAAGCCACUUGUUGGGCGCGGAGAGGACGCGGAGGAAUCUGAAGUACGAGUCGAUUCUGUCAGGAAAUGUUCUUUAUGGACAAGGGAGAGCGAGUGAAAAGCCGGCUUCACACGUCAUUCCGAAGCGAGGAGAGAGAAGGACAAAAAAAAUAACAGCCCGCAGGGUUCAUUUUUCCACAACGGAAAUGAGAUCAGUGCCAUUGGCCGGCUGCACUUCUUACUAAAACAUGGUCGAUGUAGCUCCACGAGUGCAGAGCAGCACCGGGAUCUGAUACCCGCGGACCUGUGCACGCGCACAGCUUGUUAACUGUCAAUAGUAACAUGUUUGCCGGACUGAUGGGGCUGAAAUGUAGGAGCAACUCUGUGCUCCAGCACUGCGAAGUCAUGGAAGGUGGCAGAGCAUCAGGGACAGCUGGCAGCGCCGCUCGUAAGAGGCUCCACCGAAGGCCGGGCUACAUGAGAGGAGAGCAGUCCAGACUACAGAGCACCACUCACGGGCAGGAGGAGGAGGACGAGGACGAGGAGGAAGGGAGGACCACUUGUAUUAUGAAUGGAACAUCUGGUCGUCACGACAACAUCUUUGGGGCGACCAACGCACGGAUUGAGCAGCAUCCGGAUAAACUCAAAUGUAGCUCAUGGGAGAGUCUUCUCUCUUCCGUUACCCAUCCUCUUCCUCACGUGGACUACGGUGCCAGUACUGGUGCCUCCACCCUCUGGGGUCCCUCCUCUUUGCCCCAGAAGGAACUCCGGUUGAGCCCGGACACCCGGUCCUCACCGGAGGACUCCUUCAACUCCAGCUUCAGUUUUAUCCGGCAGUCCCUCAACUCCAGCCAGAGGACGGACGCCACCACUUCCCCACCGUCCUGGCAACCAGAACCACUGUGUCAGUCAACUGGAGCGCUCAGUCCGCCUGAAACUAAACCAGCAGCUUCGUCCGUUGGGCAGCGUGUCUCACAACAGGCAUCACCCGUCCAAUCACUGGCCUCCAGCAGCCGGGCGGAGCGGGAAGAGACGUCCCCGGGCGGGAGGUUUUGGCGGGAGCGUCUGUGGGAGACCACUGCGGACCUGCCCGACAGUGACUCACCAAGUGUGGACAUCGAGAUCACCGCCUCGCUGUCUGUGGACUCAGACACCGCCUCCGCCUCCUCCGUCACCUCCGGCUACGAGAGCGCUACGCCCGCCCCCGACCAUUGCUGGAACAACCUGGUGAAGAGGUACGAGGGCGUGCUGCAGGACUGCCUCCAAAACAACCGCGCCCACACCAAGAUUGAGUCCAUGAUGUUGAAGCUGCAGAGGCUUCAGCAGAAAGCCAUCCUGGAUGACGACUAUGACGCAGCUGAGCGUUUUGGGAAAAAGCUGGAGGAGCUGUGCCGGGAGCGGGCCGCCCUGAAGCUGGGUUUACCCUCCAGACAGCCCAGCGUGGAGGUUUUUCUGGAGCGGCUGAGACGGGUGGUGCACAGCGUCCUCCAGCGGGCGGAGUGCGGUCAGUGCAGGGAGACCGUCGGGCCUGAUGCAAGGGAGCGGCUCGACUCAUCGCGGGGGUCACUGCAGCGAAGAGACUGCCUGAUCCGAGAGAAGCGAAUGGUGGAGGAGGAGAUGGAAGAGCUGCAGCGAAGGCUGACGGAGCUGAAGGAGCGCAGCCGAUGCCUGGGGCAGCGGAUCCAGCAGGAGGAGCAGCAGGUGGAGGCCGAGGAGCUGGAGGGCUCCGUGCUGAGGAGCUGCACCGUGGCCCAGCUGCGCGACUUGAGCCGAACGCUGCAGGACCUCGUCGCCUCUGAAAGCCGCGCGCAGAUCUCCGUCUCUCCUUCGCCUUCCCUGCUCAGACUCCAAGAACAGCAGCAAGGAUUGAAUUUGUCCAUCAAGGAAGUCACUGCUAAAGUGGUCAUGAGUCAGAGGCUGGGCAGCAGCCUGCGGAGGAAAGCCAGCGAGACUGAGACUCAGCUUCUGGCUCUGCAUGAAGCCAAGCUGGCAGCCAUCUCGGGUAAUGACUUCAGCAGUGCCAAGGAGCUGAAGGCCGAGAUGAAGGCGGUGCUCCUGGAGAGGGACCGGCUGGACGCUCUGGCUAAGAGGCUGCACAGCCUCAGCUCGGGGAGCAGCCAGGAGCUGGGCAGGAUGAAGGCGCAGCGGCAGCAGCUCAGGGAGGAGCUGGCGCAGAGGGAGGCCCAGCACGAAAGCAGGCUCGAAGAGAACACUACCAAGUACGUCAAGUUAUUGGAGGACAGAUUGCACAGCUGUGGCUGUCCGGGCUUGGAUCGGAUCUGGGACGCCGACCUGGAGGCGUGUCACCUGUUCUUGCGAGGCCUCCAGCUGCGAACUCCCAGCUGCAGCGGAGGAGACAUCGAGGACCCCCCCCCUGCAGCGGUCCAUCCUCCAACCCGGCCAUGCACCAAAGAAGAAGAAGAAGAAGACUGUGCCAUGCUGACCGCACUAGGCGGGCGCUGGUGUCCCGACGCCAACUUGCAGAACUCAGAGUUCACGAAGAAAUUGGAGGAGUUUUUGUUCUGCAUGGAGGAGAAUCACCCCGAGGAUGGCUGCAGCGAGACGGCGGAGCUGACAGAGCGCUGCGAGCUCAUCAGUGACAGGCUUUUGACCUUGGAAGAUGAAUUGCAGACGGCCAUAGUGAAGCGGGAUCGUGCCCGUACCCAGUCGUUGGAGAAGGAGGUUCAGGAAGUAAAAGCCACUUUACAGACCAUGCUGGCACAGCUCAAAGAGGAAGAAGAGGGGGAAGAGGAAGUGAACGGGUUACACGAUGAUGACCUCAUGAGGAACGAGACUGCAGAAGAAGAGGAAGAAGAGGAAGAUGAAGACGAAGAAGACGAGGAGGAGGAGGAGGAGGAGGACCAGUACUUUAGUGACAGCUGGGGCGUUUGAAAUGGACUCAUGUAGGGUUUUAUGACCACUCACACACAGACACGCUCUGAGAGCCUGACCACAGCUUUGCAGCUGGAUCGACCUCUCAUCCAUUUACUGUAAAGCCUCACAAGCAGCCUCUGUGAUUCUGCUGAAUGCUUCCAGUACAAAGCGCCGGAGAACCCGCGGAACGCUUCAUCCGUCUAGAGACGGACAGACAUGAAGGAUUUUCAUUCAAUUACUAAAUAUAAGACACUUUAAUACAUUUUUCUCAAUCUUUACGUCAGCUAGGCACUUCUGUGUGUUUUCUGUACGAAUGGACUCCAGUUACGUGUCAUUUUAUCCAUGAAAUAACUACAUCUACACAAUGUGAGCUCACUUGAACACAAAAGCUCAUAUUUCCUACCGGUCUUAAAGCACUGCAUGCUGGGAGAGAAUACGAAAAUAUUCUUAUGCAUGUAGGAAAUAUUGAAGGAUAAAGUACCUGUGGAAUAUCAGUAAUUGUUUUGUAAAGUCUUUGUAACUGCCACUGAUAUGUUUUAUUGGACUUAAUAUCAGCACACAAUCUUCAUUCCACUGGGUGUCACGUCACUUUUGCCAGAAACACUUGCACCCAUUAAUCAGUUUUUUUUUUUAAUUGCCUGUGGAACUUGAACUCUCUGUAUCUUAUUUCAUAUUUAUUCCUCACGGCAUCUCACUAAUUACAGAGUGCACCGUU